AUGUCUUUGGCGGCCAUCAUUCCCCCUCCUCUCUCUCUGUGUGUGCUUUCCGUUGCCGCUUCUCGGGUGAUCGCGCAUCUCACGUUCCUCUGCCGUUCCUCACCGCUGCCCUUCAGUAUCGCUUCUAGGGGGGAGGCGGUCUCUCUUCACCUGUACGCGUGCGUGUGGUUGUGUGGGGCUGAGCGCUUCCGCCCCCUCGUCAAGUACGUACUCAGCAGAUGCGUGUGUGGGCGUGCGAGUGAGCACACACAUACACACCAGCAACGAAAGACCGUUGUGUUCUCCGUCAUGUUCACCUUGCGCAUCGCCGGCGACGUGGACGGCGUGAAGCGCAACAUCGAGGUGUCCUUCCCACACCGCCCGUCUCUUCAGCAAGUGUGCACCGUUGCGGAGACGAUUUUGCCACUGCGAGAGCGGAGUGAUCGCCGGCAGUGGCACCGAACGUGGGCGGCAGCGACGCAGGGUUCGGGAGACGACACCGCUAGCACUGCAGCGUCUUCCAGAACUCCAGCUGAUGCCUGCCCGCGCGCCGCAGCCCCGGCGGUUAUAUAUACUGUUGAGUCACUGGUCUACUUGAACAGGGCCACUCAUGAGUGGGAAGGGCUUUACAGCGCCUCUCAGCUCACGUCGGGGUCACAGGUGUACUGCUUCUCCCCUCUGCAGCACCGCCGGGUGGCCGUGGCCAUGGGGAGAGGCUCAAGCUCUGCCCUGCCCUCCCCGUCUUCUGCAUUUCCUGUACGAGAGGAACACGUGAGUGAGGCCGAGUCGUCAAGCUUGCAGGUCCGUGCGAGUUUACCUCCCGGAACCGGGGUUCAACAGACCCGGGGCGACCUCGAUCGCCCAGGCGUCAUUCCAGAGCCGCAGCAACGCCUUGUCUGGGACUGCGCCAGUGGUGCUCGAGGCGGCGUUUGUCAGAGACGAAAGGGCGUGGAUGGAGACUUCAGCCACGCCGACUCUGCCUCUCCCUUGCCGAUGCAGGCAAGUGCGCGGAACAGCAGCAAUAUGGCUCACGCCAUUGCCGCUGGAUUGCGCCGAAGGCGCGCCUCGCCUACUUUUUCGUCGCGCAGUCGCCGUCUCUCAUCCCUGUCACCCUCCAGCGCUGCUCCGCUCGGUGCCUCAGCGUGGUCAGGCCUUUCACCCACAGCAGGGGCGGCACCUCGAACGGUGGACAGGGCACGCUCGCCGUCUUUUCACUUCACCCCCACUGUCUCCACUCCUCCCCAGCAUGCUGCCGUCGGCCGUGUCCGCUCUACGUCCCUGCCCACCCGCAAAGACUGCAGUAGUCUUGCGGAGGCGCAAUCACAGAAGGCGUCACCAUCGCGGCGGCAUUCGACCUUGUCGAGGCUGCGCGAUGAUGGCUACACUUUUCUCUCGGACUUGCAAGAAGGCUGGUCUUCGUUACUGCUCAGCGGCGAGGGCGGGUGCGGCAACCGCUACGCCCAUCUCGGCGAUCGCCUGGCUUUGCUGUUCGAUGUUUUGGUGCACCUUGACCCUCAGGAGGGUGGCGCAGGGCAGCGGCAGUACAUCCUCUUGAGGGACUUCUAUCUCCUCGCCUCCUGCGUCACUUCCCCUUCCGCCGCUGCCGCUGCUCAUCCUCGCCAAACGUACGCUUCGAUGAGCAUCUAUGGCACAUCCAUCCCGUCGACAGUCAUGGACAUCACGGCAGAGCUGGAUGCACGGCUGCAUUGGACCUGGGACGACGUCGUGCGGCACGCGGACAAGGAUCGUGAUGGCUGCAUCGCAUACGGAGAGUGGAUCUCAUUCGGCAUCGAACACCCAGAGGUGAUUCAGCUGCUAUGCCGCGCUGUUCACGCACUACUCCUGCGCGAGGCAGCCUCGCCAGGCGGUCGUUACGCCGACAGACGCGCCAGCCCAGGUGCGCAGACUCCGCUGUUGGCGCCCUCCGGCCACCUCUUUUCUCACGGGAUCUCCUCCGUGGGGCAUCUGGGAGACCGGACUCGAAACAGCGAUGCCGAGCUCUUCUCAAGCGUCUUGCAAUGCUGGCGUAUGCAUCGAGGCCAGACCAAUGACACCGACAGCGACAGAAGUAGAGUGAUGCGUGCCACGGAAGUGCAUAAACGGCAUGCUAAGCGUUGCGAGGCGUGUCGCGAGCUGCAGGCCGAGCUUUCCGAGGGUUGCCGCGGGAGAGUAUCUGCGCAAGCAAACAUUGCAUUCGCCCUGAGGCACUGA